UAAAGAAGGUGCCAUAGUAGUGUUGUGAAGUCCUUGAACGUGAGAUGAAUUUUCUAACCCACAACUUUGCAAAUACCGUUUUGGAAAGUGCUAGUGGCUUUUAACACUACUAAAAACCUGCACUGAGGUCGUGUGUGGACGGAAGCAUUUGGGAGAAAUGGGAACUGAUAAAAGGAUUAGCCGGACCGAACGUAGCGGGAGAUAUGGCUCCGACCAGUCCCGUGAUGAAUCAGAAUGGCGCGACAGACGAGACAGAGACCAAGAGCGCGAUCACAACAUGCGCCGCUGGGGAGAAGAGAGACGUAGUGACCGUUAUGAAGGAGAUCGUCGAGGAUCGCGAGACAGUCCAGAGCAAAGAGAGCGGAAAAGACGUAAUAGUGAUAGAUCAGAAGAUGGUUAUCACUCUGAUGGCGAUUACCCAGAGCAGGAUUACAGACGGGAACCUGGAGAGGAGAAGAAGAGCAAGACUAUCAUGCUCUGGGGUCUGUCUCCUCAUGUCACUGAGGAAGAUAUUUGUUUUGCCAUAGACCAACUGGAGGGACCCCAGCCAGUAGAUGUCAGGCUGAUGAAAAAGAAGACAGGUAUAAGCCGUGGUUUCGCCUUCGUGGACUUUUAUCACUUGCAAGAUGCUACCCGAUGGAUGGAGACCAAUCAGAAACGUCUGACCAUCCAAGGCAAAAGCGUGGACAUGCACUACAGUCACCCCAGAAACAAGUAUGAAGACUGGCUCUGCAAUACAUGUGGCCUGUACAAUUUCCGGAGGAGGCUGAAGUGCUUCAGGUGUGGAGCAGCCAAAGCUGAAAGUGAGACCAGCAAUAAUAAUGGAGCCACAGAAACUCAACCCAGUGGAGAUUUCUAUGGCGACACAAUCAUCCUGAGAAAUAUUGCACCUCUAACCACCGUGGAAGCCAUCAUGACAGCCCUGGCACCAUACGCUAAUCUUUCAUCGAAUAACAUUCGCCUCAUCAAGGACAAGCAGACGGGCCAGAACAGGGGCUUUGCUUUUGUUCAGCUGUCUUCUCCUCUGGAGGCCUCCCAGCUGCUGACUAUCUUACAGGGACUGCAGCCUCCUCUAAAGCUGGAUGGGAAAACAAUUGGAGUGGAUUAUGCUAAGAGUGCUAGAAAGGACCUUUUGCUACCUGACGGGAAUCGUGUCAGUGCCUUUUCUGUUGCUAGCACUGCCAUUGCUGCAGCCCAGUGGUCCUCAAGUCAGCCACAGCAGACCUCAGAUGGAAUGUCAGAGUACAGCUAUUUGCAAGAAGGCUAUCAUCCAAUGUCACAGGACUACCAAGCAUACUACCACCAAGCAGCGGGAGCCAGCACCUCUCAGGGAAAUGGUAUUCUAGGAGCAGCGCCAGGUGUAAAGAUUGUUCCAACUGCAGCUGGAGUAGUUAUCUCACAGAGUGCACAAGUCUACCCAGCCCAUUUAAUCACUCAGCCCGCUGUUCAGGCUUUGCCACUCUCCCAGCCAUUGGAGGCAAAACCCCAAACGGGAAAUCUUUCAGGUGUUGAAGCUUUGUCUAUGCCUGUUGCUACUCUUGCUGCUGCCACUGUAACAGCUACCAGUACCUUAACAGCCUCUGGACAGACAGCAGACACCAGCACUGUUCCUGAUACAUCUUCAUAUCAGUAUGAUGAGUCCUCUGGCUACUAUUACGAUCCUCAAACUGGUCUCUACUAUGACCCAAACACACAUUAUUACUACAACUCUCAGACUCAGCAGUAUCUGUACUGGGACAGUGAAAAACAGACAUAUGUCCCUGCCUCAGUCGACGCAAAUAACACAGCGAGUGGCUCUGCAGCAAUGGGCAACAAAGAAUCUAAAGAAGGCAAGGAGAAAAAGGAGAAGCCCAAGAGCAAGACUGCUCAGCAGAUCGCUAAGGACAUGGAGCGGUGGGCUAAAAGUCUCAACAAGCAGAAGGAGAAUUUCAGGAGUAGCUUUCAACCUAUUAGUCAAGAAGAGAGGAAGGAGGCAGCAGCUGCUGAUGCUGGCUUCACUUUGUUUGAAAAGAAGCAGGCCGGGGGGCUAGACAGAUUCAUGCCAGAGGUGUUAAAUAGCCCUGAAGAGGAGGCACCGACGAGCUCAGUCAACUCCUCCAAGUGUGGCCUUGUGGCAGCCUACAGUGGAGACAGUGACCCUGAAGAGGGAGGAGCAGAGCCUGAUGGUGGUGACAAAUUCCAGGACAAGAUGACAGACUGGAAAAAGAUGGCCUGCUUGCUGUGUAGGAGACAGUUCCCCAAUAAAGAGGGACUAAUUAGACAUCAGCAACUCUCAGACCUCCACAAGAAAAACCUGGAGGUUCACCGCAGAGCCCAAAUGAGUGAAGCAGAGCUGGAGGAGUUGGAGAGAAAAGAGACUGAGUUGAAAUAUAGAGACAGAGCAGCAGAGAGGAGAGAAAAAUAUGGCAUCCCUGAACCCCCAGCACCCAAAAAGAAGAAAUUUAGCCAACCAACACCAGUUGUUAACUAUGAGCAGCCCACCAAAGACGGCCUUAACAGUGACAACAUUGGAAACAAAAUGCUGCAGGCAAUGGGCUGGAAGGAGGGUAAAGGUCUUGGUCGCAACCAGCAGGGCAUCACUGCACCAAUUGAGGCACAGUUAAGAACAAAGGGAGCUGGUCUCGGUGUUAAAGGCACCAACUACACCCUCUCUGCGUCAGACACAUACAAAGACGCAGUCCGUAAAGCCAUGUAUGCUCGCUUCACUGAACUGGAGUGAUCUGCUGGCGAAAUGUUGCUUUUUGGGUGGACUCAUUGUCGGAUGGUGAGGGGGAGCUUCAACAAUGAAUCAACAAUGUUUGUGAAAAGGAUUUGGACUCCUGUAUUGAUUUGUACUCCAUGUAUGAUCUAUGAUUAUUUUGCCUCUUGCCAUAAUGGUUAAACCAGACAAUAGAAAUAAUCUGUAAUGGAGGCGUAUGAAGAUGGUGAAUAAUAUAAUUUAUAAAUUGUACAUAUGCACAGUAAAUUUCCUUCCCUUGUUUACAUAUCUGUUUUAUAUUUCUUCUGUGGUAAUGGUUUCUUUUUUCCCAGCAUGUUAAAAAAAAUUGUACAGUUUUACAAAAAAUGUCUACAGAAAAUAAAUGACAUAAGUGA